AUGACCACUAUGCAACGAAAACUCGGUCGCCGAUAUCAAAGAUAUUUGUCAGCGAAGCAAAUAUUCGAAGAUAACGAAGUUGAUCCGAAAGAAGUGUGGGAGCGAAUUGUCAAAAUACCGGAUAUUCUAUCAGCAAUGGCGAUAGAUAUUCAAACGAAUGAUAUAUUUCCAUUGUAUGGCUUGAAUAACCUAGCUCGAAAUGACUUCAAUACAUUUUGUCGAGAAUAUAUCGAAAUGGCGAUUGACUUUUCGUUAAAUAUCAAUCCAAAUGACGAUGUGAAAACUUUACGCUUGAGAAGUCAAGAACGUGAAAUUGUUAUUGCAUAUGAAGACGGAACGAUCAUUGCUGUUGUACAAUCAUUGUCUAAAGAGAAAACUAGUGUGUCGCCCAUGUUAUCACUAGAUCUGUAA